AUGUCUUCGAACUCUUCUUCAAUCAAUUCUUCCUCUAAUCAGAUCCUUCCAGAGGAUCGCCGCGAGCCUUCGGAGCUGAGCUCUUCUUCUUCACACCCUCGUUCGUCUGACUCUUCUCGGGAAGAAAGCAAUCCCCCCCAGUUAGUUCGCAAGAACUCUAAAUCGGUGGAUGCGAGUAGCAGCCAUGCUAGGGUUCGAGUUGAAGCUACCGAGCAACUGGCGACAGAAACUCGCGAGACGGAGGCUCGAGCUGGGCCGAACUCUGGUGGUAUUGACCACGAGAUCGAGGAGGUCGAAGAACCUGAAGGAGAAAAUCAGGAAGGGAGCGCUACUGAGGCAGAAGCUGCCGAGGAUAACCUCGAUGCUGUGAUUCACGCUUCGCCACCACUUCCAAGGCGCAAAGUUGUUCGUCCCAGCAACAUGCCAUCUUCCUCUGUCUCUCCGGGUGCUGUUCGUGCCGUGCUCGAAGAAAGCGGACUCUCGGACCGAGUCAUCUUCAUAAUUCCAGAUGCCGGAGAUCGGCCGUGGGACGUCACCGAGGGUUUCCUCUGCGUUUACCUGACGUACUUUACGCAGUGCGGACUCUCCUUCCCAAUUCCUUCUCGCCUGCUCGGCUACUGCAAUCGUCGUGGCGUUGCUCUCACGCAGGUGAUGCCGGCUUCGAUAACGAACUACGUAGGGUUCGUAUCUCUUUGCGACGAGCUCGGCGAGAUUCCAACCAGUCGGCUUUUCGAGGACCUCUUCUCAGUGAAUAUCCACAAAUCCAAGGAGUGGUUCUUCGCUGCGAAUGCUAAGCCGAAGAAGAAUAUAGUCACUGGUCCUAAACCCAGUAAAUUCAACGACUGGGAAUCCCUAUACUUCCUCCUUGAGAUGAACGAUCUCACAGUCAGUAACUCUGACAUCCCGACUCAAUCGGAGUGGAAGAUUCCGAUCGGUCGUCAUCUCCCAAGUCUUCUUCUCAAUCCCGGGCUUACUUCUGAGUUCGAAGAAGCCUUCAGUGAAGCCGGUUCUGUUCGAGACCCGAAACCGCGAAAGCCAAAAGCUCGAACUAGCAAGCCUCGAGCCGCUCCCAGACGCAAAGCACCGAAGUCGCGAGCUCAACGUACCCGAGCUGCUAGGAUGCUCUCUCUAGACGAGAUCCCCACUCUCUUUGAUGAAGAGGAGCCAAAUAUUGCAGAACCGACUCCUAUCCCUGCUACCGAAGGGACCAAUGAGCAGCCUCAAGAAUUGCCGGCCGCUGCGAACUCACCUGACCAAGCUGGUCAGAAGAAGUUGAAGAAGAAGAAGUCCUCGAAGAAGAGUAAGAGGACUGAAGACUCCUCUCGGGCACAGGACGCGCCUGCCGAGCUCGAGCCGCCAACAGCUGUGGCGUCAGACCUUGCUCGAUCUCAGGAUCGAGCUGAGGCUUCUCAUUCUCGGAAGAGACAGGCUAGAGAACACGCCGAAGGUUCUCCAGAGCCCGAGCCGGCUAAAAGGAACGUUGACGCCUGCGCCGAGCUCUACCAGAAGAUCUCUUCUCAGGUCCCGAGCCUCCCGUCGGUCCCCGAGCUCCGGUUCCCUAACAUGUACAAGGGAAUCGCACGUACAACUGCAGUGCUCGCCAGUCAGACCAAUAACUUGGUCGCCGCAUACGAGGUAGAUCUCUUCGAUGAGCAAGUUAGGGUCACCGAGCUUGAGGAACGAAUAGCCAACGCAGAGGAGCGUCUCGCCACCGAGCUCCAGAUCAAUGAUACUUUGCACUCUUCGGUUGACCUGCUGAAACAAGAGAGUGCGGAGUUGAAAGCGGUGAAGGCCGAGCUCACUGAGGCUCAGAGCAUGCUCGCGAAGGAGUUCGAGAAAGACCGAGAGCGGCUGCGGGACUUGGUGUCCUACUGGAAGGGUCGAGCCAAAAGCCCGUACCUGGUGGUUAAUCAACUCACCGGAGUCCUCGGGUUCAUCAAGCAGCUCAAGAAGAAGGGCUUGUACGAGGUUCCACCCGAGAUGGUAGCGGACAUCGAGGCGAAGCACGCCAAGGCCCUGGAGGAGUUCCGUUCGGUCGAUGCUUGCGUCCUUACUGAAGAGGACAAGCGAAUGUCCCCGUUUUUGGAGGAAGAAGACACGCCGGCUGUGAACGUAACUCAGAGUGCUCACGACCCGGUGAUUGGCGAUUAG